AUGGGUCAUGAAGAUGCCGUCUACCUCGCCAAGCUUGCUGAGCAGGCUGAGCGCUAUGAAGAGAUGGUUGAGAACAUGAAGGUCGUUGCAUCGGCCGACGUUGAGCUCACCGUUGAGGAGCGCAAUCUCCUGUCCGUUGCCUACAAGAAUGUCAUUGGUGCCCGCCGUGCCUCGUGGAGAAUCGUCACCUCGAUCGAGCAAAAGGAGGAGUCCAAGGGCAACGAGUCCCAGGUUACUCUGAUCAAGGAGUACCGUCAAAAGAUCGAGAAUGAGUUGGCCAAGAUCUGCGAUGACAUUCUUGAGGUUCUUGACAAGCACCUUAUCCAGUCUGCCCAGAGCGGUGAGUCUAAGGUGUUCUACCACAAGAUGAAGGGUGACUACUUCCGUUACCUCGCCGAGUUCGCCAUUGGCGACCGCCGUAAGGAGGCUGCCGACAGCUCUCUGGAGGCCUACAAGAAGGCCACUGAGAUCGCCAACACUGAUCUCGCCCCCACUCACCCCAUCCGUCUCGGUCUGGCCCUGAACUUCUCUGUCUUCUACUACGAAAUCCUCAACUCGCCUGAUCAGGCUUGCCACCUCGCCAAGCUGGCCUUCGAUGAUGCUAUUGCUGAACUCGACACUCUUAGCGAGGAGAGCUACAAGGACUCUACUCUCAUCAUGCAGCUUCUCCGUGAUAACUUGACCCUCUGGACCUCGUCCGAGGCCGAGCCUUCCGUCGAGGGUGCCACCACCGAGAAGAAGGAGGAGGCUCCUGCCGCCGAGGCCGAGAAGCCCGCUGACGAAGAGUAA